AUGGCGGACACGCCCAAGUCCGACCGGUCGGUCGAGGAAGCCGGCUUCAAGUCGGGAGGUGCCCCACAACCCCGGCGCCGAUCCCGCAAGAUCCUCUUCAUCUCCAUCGCCGCCGCCGUCGUCCUCGUACUCGGUUUGGCCCUCGGUCUCGGCCUGGGUCUCGGCCUGAAAGAUCACGACGGCCGUGAUGACUCCGGCGAUGGUGGCGACGGCGACAACGAGCCUUCCCCCCCGAGCCCCACCGAGUCGCCCGUGACCCCCAACGGCACCGUCUGGCAGCCCGCCGUCGGCACCAAGUGGCAGAUCAUCCUCAACUCGAAGCUCGACGUGCCCGCCGCCAACGCCAAGACCUCGGUGACCCUAACCCCCGACGUGCCCGUCUGGGACUUUGACAUGUUCCUCCACCGCGACACCAAGGUCAUCGAGAACCUGCACUCGCUCGGCAAGCGCGCCAUCUGCUACUUCUCUGCUGGCUCCUACGAGCCCUACACGCCCGACGCCGGCGAUUUUGUCGACGCCGACCUGGGCAAGGUGAUGGACGGCUGGCCCAAGGAGAAGUGGCUGGACAUCCGCCGCACCUCUGUCCGCAACAUCAUGAUCAAGCGCCUGGACAUCGCGGCCGCCAUGAAGUGCGACGCCGUCGACCCGGACAACGUAGACGGCUACCAGAACGAGAACGGCGUGGGCCUCACCGAGCAGGACACCAUUGACUUUGUCCGGUUCCUCGGCAAGGAGUCGGCCAAGCGCGGCCUGGCCAUGGGUCUCAAGAACGCCGGCGGCAUCAUCGACAAGGUGCUCGACGUGGUCCAGUUCUCCGUCAACGAGCAGUGCGCCCAGUACAGCGAAUGCGACGUGUUUGAAAAGUUCACCGCGGCGGGAAAGCCCGUGUUCCACAUCGAGUACCCCAGCGGCGCGCCCAAGAGCAUCAAGCCCAAGGAUAGCGAGAAGGCGUGCAGCGCCGAGGGCGCGGAUAAGUUCAGUACCGUGCUCAAGGGCAUGGAUCUCGAUGGCUGGGUGGAGUUCUGCGAUGGAAAGGUCGCUGAAACCAAGGUCGCUUCUACACCUGAUAGUGAUGAGGAUUCGGGCGAUGAUGAUGAUGAGUGA